UGUAGUCGACUGAGUAUGACGUCAUCAUUGUACGAUACGACGAGCUGAGCAGAAGAUAAAAGAAGAAAGGGGGGGUCAGACGAAAAUCGUACAAGUAACAGCUAUCCUGCCUCCCGUGGAGAUGGGUGACAGCGAUGACGAAUACGAUCGCCGGAGGAGAGAUAAGUUUAGGCGGGAACGGAGUGACUUUGAUCGUUCAAGAGAGAGAGAAGACAGGCGUCGGGAUGAUUGGAAUGACAGAGAAUGGGACCGAGGCAGCAGGGAACGGCGAAGUCGGGCAGAGUAUCGGGAUUAUGACCGAGGUCGUCGUGAGAGGUUCACCCCUCCAAGGCAUGAUAUCAACCCACAGCAGAAACGCAUGAGGAGAGACUGGGAUGACCAUGGUGGGGACCACUACCAUGGGGGCUAUGACCUGGGAUACGGUGGUGGUGGCGGUGGAGGCGGUGGGGGGCCAAGCUAUGCCCCUCCACAGCACUGGGGCCACCCAGACCUGCACCUGAUGCAGCCUCAUCAUGGCAUCCCUAUCCAAGCAAGGCUAGGCAACAUCCAUGACAUGGACCUGGGCCCUCCCCCUCCCAUUAUGAAGAGCUUCAAGGAGUUCCUGGUGUCACUGGACGACUCAGUGGAUGAGACUGACGCCGUCAAGCACUACAACGAGUACAAGAUCGACUACCGCCGGCAGCAGAUGCAGGACUUCUUUCUGACGCACAAAGAUGAAGAGUGGUUCCGCUCUAAGUACCACCCUGUCGAGAUGGAGCGGCUGGCGGUGGAGUCCCGCGGCUCCCUGCAGAACCGCCUCAACGUCUUCCUGUUCCUCAUGGAGAACAGCUGGCUGGACAACGUGUCGCUGGACAUCGACCGCGCGCAGGCGAUCACCAAGGUCCUGGACGCAGCCGUGAUCAAGAUGGAGGGAGGCACCGACCACGACCUCCGUAUCCUGGACCUGCCCUUUGAGGAGGAGGAGAGGGAGCGGGACCGGGAGCGGGACCGGGAGCGGCCGGCCCCCGGUCCGGGGGGGCCAGAGUCCUCCAGGCGGGAAGACCCCAGAGUCGGGGAGGGAGAGCGCAAGCCCCCGUCAGAUAAAGACCAGAACAACAGGGCGGAGAGUAAUCCAGCCGGCUCCAAGCAGGGCGGGGCGGCCCGGCCCGGACAGGGCAACGGACUGAAGGCGGAGAAGGGGAAGGAGUCCCCGAGCAAAGAGCUCCCUGAGAACAAGAAGACGAGGAGAAAGAGGAAGAGGAGCGGCGACAGCGAAGACGAGGCCAGCGCCUCGGACAGCGAGUUCGAUUCGGAUUCGGACUCAAACUCUGUGUCCUCUGACAAACCCGCCGAGAAGGAGGAGCCGGAAAAGAAGAAGAAGAACAACAACAAGGAGGAGGAGGGAGAGGAGGGAGAGGAGGGUGAGGAGGGAGAGGAGAGCAAAGACGACGCAAAGGAAGUGAAAGUGGAGGAGAAAAAACCAGAGGAGCCCGAGGAAGAGGAGGACAAGGAAGAGAGGGUGAAGGAAGAGAGGGAGGAGAAGAAGAAGCCCAAAGACGCCGCGCCCAGGCCGCGGCCGCUCCACAAGACCUGCUCCCUCUUCAUGAGGAGCAUCGCGCCCACUAUCUCCACGACUGAGGUCGUCUCUCUGUGCCGGAGAUACCCCGGCUUCUUGCGCAUCUGCCUGUCGGACCCCCACCCUGAGCGCAGGUUCUUCCGUCGCUGCUGGGCGACCUUUGAUCGCAGCGUCAACAUCAAGGAGAUCUGCUGGAACCUGCAGAACAUUCGGCUGCGGGACUGCGAGCUGGCGCCGGGCGUGAACUGCGACUUGGUGCGGCGCGUCAGGAACAUCAACGGCAUCACGCAGCACAAGCUGGUCCUCCGCAACGACAUCAAGAUGGCCGCCAAGCUCAUCCAGGCUCUGGACGAGAGGGGGGGGCUGUGGAGCCCCAAGGCAGACGAGGAGGGCCAGGCGGGCGAGCUGCCAGCGCAGAACCCCAUCAUGAAGAACAUCACAGACUACCUGAUCGAGGAGGUCAGCGCCGAGGAGGAGGAGCUACUGGGCAGCAUGAGCGGAGGGGACUCUGACGAGGGCCCCAAGGAGGGCAACCCCACCGAGACCCCCGUGGAGAGGGACGACAAGCUGGCCAAGGUUCUGGACCGCCUGCUGCUGUACCUGCGCGUGGUCCACUCCAUCGACUACUACAACACGUGCGAAUACCCCAGCGAGGACCACAUGCCAAACCGCUGCGGCAUGGUGCACGUGCGCGGACCCAUCCCCCCCAACCGCAUCACGCACGGAGAAGUGAGCCAGUGGCAGAAGAUGGUGGAGGAGAAGCUGGCACCGCUGUUCAACUCCAAGGAGCUGCUGUCGGAGGACGAGGCGUCCAAGAUGGGCCGCAAGGACCCCGAGCAGGAGGUGGAGAAGUUUGUGUCGGCCAACACCCAGGAGCUGGGCAAGGACAAGUGGCUGUGUCCACUGAGCGGCAAGAAGUUCAAGGGCCCGGAGUUUGUGCGUAAGCACAUCUUGAACAAGCACGGGGACAAGAUCGAGGAGGUGAAGAAGGAAGUGACCUUCUUCAACAACUUCCUCAUGGAUGCCAAGAGACCCUCGCUGCCGGAGCUGAAGCUGCCCCCCCUUCCGGGCCCGGGACAAGGUGGGAUGGGCCCCAACAUGCCGUUUCCCCCCCAGGGGCCCAUGGGCUUUGGCCAGCCGCGACCACCUCUCAUGGGCUUUGGAGGUGUCCCUGCGUACCCACCCAACCAGUACGGUGGGGGGGGAGGUGGAGGAGGUGGGGGUGGGGGUGGUGGUGGUGGCGGGGGUGGCGGGGGUGGAGGAGGAGGAGGCGGGGGCCGGGGUAACUACGACGGCUUCCGGGGGCCCGUUGGAUACCCCGGGAAGCACCGUAACAACAGGAUGGCCCGGGGUGACCCGCGCAACGUGGUGGAGUACCGGGACCUGGACGCACCCGAAGACCUAGAGUUUUUCUAAUCCAAUCGAUCCCUUUUUCAUUAAUUUGCCAUUUGUGUGUUUAUUCAGUUCCUCCUUCCUAUUGCCCGCCCCUCAAAAUCAUUUGCUUAAUUAGGUAUGGAAAUUAUUGUAAUCCACUGCUUUAAUGUUAUUCCUCAAGAAAUAAAAACGUAUGAACAAAAAUGUA